GUGUCGAUCGUAUGCUCUCCCGGUCCGGUCAGAAAGUAAAAGGUUUGAAUAACUCGUACCAAGGAAAAAGGAAAGGAGGAGAGCCCAAAACAUUCCGUGCUUGGUGACGAGUUCUGGUUGGGAGCAGGCAUGGCGGCCACUAGAGUGACAGCAUCAGCAGGAAUGCUUCAUCAUGGCAACAACACUACUCUUCUUCUCAAACAGUCCUUCUCUGUAAGGCAGAGAGCUCUCAAGACCAAUUUCAAUGUCAAUAGAACAACCAAGAGGCUCUUCACCUGCAAAUCUCUUUACAAGCCCCAAUUUCAGAUCAAAGAAGAGGGUCAUCCCGAAACCCUUGAUUACAGAGUCUUUUUCCUCGACAAAUCUGGCAGAAAGGUUUCCCCUUGGCAUGACAUACCAUUGCAUUUAGGUGGUGGCAUUUUUAAUUUUAUUGUUGAAAUACCAAAAAAUACAAGUGCAAAAAUGGAGGUUGCUACUGAUGAGCCAUACACCCCCAUAAAGCAGGAUACUAAGAAGGGGAAACUCCGAUACUACCCCUACAACAUAGAUUGGAAUUAUGGAUUGCUACCACAGACAUGGGAAGACCCGUCUUUUUCAAACUCUGAAGUUGAAGGAGCAUUAGGAGAUAAUGAUCCAGUUGAUGUUGUUGAGAUUGGGGGAACCCAGGGAAAGAUAGGCCAGAUUCUCAGCAUCAAGCCUUUAGCUGCUUUAGCCAUGAUUGAUGAGGGAGAGCUUGACUGGAAAAUAGUUGCUAUCUCAUUGGAUGACCCAAGAGCUUCUCUAGUCAAUGAUGUUCAUGAUGUUGAGAAACAUUUUCCGGGAACUCUCACUGCAAUUAGAAACUGGUUCAGAGACUAUAAAAUCCCAGAUGGAAAGCCUGCUAAUAAGUUUGGUCUUGGCAACAAGGCAGCCAAUAAGGAAUAUGCUUUAAAGGUCAUCACUGAGACCAACGAGUCUUGGGCCAAAUUAGUGAAGAGAUCGAUACCCUCUGGAGAGCUCUCACUGGUCUGAAUUCUGAAAUAUAAUUGGUCAAGCAGGGCUGCAAUACUGUUGCUUUAUCCUCCCCGUGACCCUGCAGAGAAUUUUUGGCCAAUGACAUUAAUGUCUGGACUAGGAAAACAGAAUUAUUAUUUAUUACUACUAUAGGGCUCUUGUUUUUUCUUCUACUCUAGUGUAAUCUUGCUUCUUUGUUAUCCAUUUUAAUAAAUUUAUAGCAACUUUUUUUGAACUUUAGGAGUGAGACCUUAAUUAUCAUUUUCUUCAGGGGUGUGUUGCCAGGUUAACUGGCAUGGGUGGAAUAUCCAAGUUUCCAUGUCAUUUGCCAUUUGUAUUGGUUGAUACAUAUCAUGUAUCAUGUAUUAUGUAUUAUGUAUCGACAUUGGGUUUUUUUGGGUAAAAGUACAAAGACCCCUCAUACGUUGCGACAAA